GCAACCAAAAAGUAAAGUAGAUUAUUUAGUUGCUUGCCGAAUAUAAUUUAUCAAUAUCAGAACUUCAGAUACUUCAGACCAUCAUCUUAUCACAGUUGCGGUGCACUGAAGGUCUAGUGCUAGUAUCGUGAAGCUUUAUUCAUCUACAGAGAGGGCGAAGUCUUGAGCAUAUCAACACCCGAAAGACAACGGACAAACAUGGUUUCGCAGGCCGAGUUUGAGCAGCAUGCGGAUGACGUGAAGAAGGUGAAGACGAGGCCUACGGACCAGGAGCUGCUGGACCUCUACGGCCUCUACAAACAGGCCACCGUAGGAGACGUCAACACAGACAGACCAGGCAUGCUGGACAUGAAGGGGAAAGCAAAGUGGGACGCAUGGGACUCCAGGAAAGGUCUGUCUAACCAGGAGGCCAUGGACAAAUACGUGGAGCUAGCCAAGGAGAUCAUUGCCAAGUAUGGCCUGUGACGUCAUACAUCUCAUCAAUGGUGAAAUGUAGACUUACAAAAUGCACUAGAAGAAUUAUAGCAUUAAUUGGAGGUUACUUUGAUUUUUUUUAAUGUUUAUUUGUUUUGUUUCUACAGUACGUAAAAUGUUGCAUUAACCCUGACUACCUGUUUGUCGUUCAUUUCACUUUUAAUACUUAAUAACACAUGCACACAAUUGCCUCUGAUGUCAUGCACAUUGUUUAUGUAACUGAUUCACUGAUUUAUUUAAUAAAUUAAUUUAAUUUAGAAACACUC